CCGCCCCCCCGGAGAUAAGUGUGACUUUGCUGUGAAUGGUCAGGGCUAUUCAGCUAAGGUGGGAGGAUGACUGUAUGUUGCCACUCAACGCUCAUUCUUUCCUCCUGGACAUUCCCUCUGGAUCUCCGCGUUUAUCCAUCGAGGUUUAUGCAACGGGGCGGGAGGCGCGGGAUUACCCGGGCGCCCUUUGGCUUCGGGAGAUAAGCGCUACAAGGAGGCGAGAGAGCUCAGGACCUCGCGCUCUCCUUGGCGGGAAGCGACGAUGGUGCUUCUGUCCGGGGGUAGGAAAGAGGGCCGAGAAAGCCGGAGCCCCACCGCAGAGAAGCAGCUGCAAGCGGGGUCGCUCCGAGCGCCGGGAGCCGAGAAGGCGGAGGGGGGAGUAAGUCCCGGUGGUAGCUGCAGGAUUGCCCCAACCAUCCUCGCAGAGCUAGCGCCCGGAGAGGGCCAAGGCGAGGAGGAGGAGGAAGAAGACGACGAAGAAAAAGAAGAAGACGAAGAAGAAGAAGAGGAGGAGGAGGAGUGGGACGAUAAGGAGGCGGACGAGGAGUAUGAAGACUUAUCGGAUCUCCCGGACACGCGGAGCGUCGCUUCAGACGACUCCUUCUACCCACCCCAAGAGACCGACGACGAGGAGGAAUCGGAACUUUCCGACAGUAAGGAGCAGCUCAGUCUCUUCCGCGCUUGCUGUACCAACAACGCCGCCGCCGUGCGGGCGCUCAUCCGGCAGGGGCUCCAAGAGGAGGACGUGAGGGAGACGGAUCGCAACAAGCGGACUGGCCUUAUUGUUGCCUGUUACCAAGGGUACGUGGAUAUUGUAAUAGCUUUAGCACAGUGUCCUCAUAUUGAUGUAAACUGGCAGGACAACGAAGGGAAUACAGCUCUAAUUACAGCUGCUCAGGCAGGACAUAUCAACAUUACACAAUAUUUACUCAACUAUUAUUCCGAUCUUGAUAUUGAGAAAAGAAAUGCAUUUGGAUUUACUGCACUCAUGAAAUCUGCAAUGCAAGGCCGAAGUGAAUGUGCCAGAGCCUUAAUAUUAGCAGGAGCAAAUAUUAAUGCAACAGAUCCAGGUCGUGGAUUCACUCCUCUGGAAUGGGCAUGUUUCACAGGAAGAAUAGAAUCCGCAUAUCUUAUACAGAGACUUAUGGAUAAGCCAUGUGCUGAGCAAUUUUGUGAUCAAUAUUUGCUUGAAUGGCCAAAGUUGAAAGAACUUCUUGCUAAGGCUACAGGUUCAAAAACUUGCUUGCAGAAGAUCUCAGAAACUUUGAGAUCCAUUGUAGAUUUCAGAACUUUCCACGGUCCUGAAGAAGAUGGAGUCCUUGAUCACAUGGUUAGAACAACAACAAGUUUAAGAAGCUCGUUCAUUGCCACAGCUUGCAGGACUGUGUGCCCUGAAAGUCCUCCUGCUGUAGGAAAACGUAGGGCAGCUGUGCAAGAAAUUCUUAGGAAACAAAGAGCUAAAGAACUUCAAACUUUGGAGAACAGGGAACAUUUUAACAGCUAUAAGAAGCUGUUUCAGAAUUCCAGAAUUACACUAGUGUCCAAAACGAAGGAACGGAGGGCCAGCCUGCCGCCUUGCCAUUUAAAUAUGCCCCAAGUCAAAGUUACGGUUCGAAGGAAAGCCAGCCUGUUACCACUGCAUUUGUUAAGAAGAAGCAGUGUUCGCCCUGGGCUUGUCAUCCCCAGAGUCCGAAUAAGUAAGGCACCUCGGCCAACUUUCCAGCCGGAGAAAGUGCAACGGAAAAGUAGUGUCAGUGAUGGGACCUACUUGGAGAUUCCCAAAUGGAGAUAUAAGGAGCUGAAGGAACAAAGGAAGAAGGCUGAAGAAGAAAAGAAAAAAGCUGAAGCUUUACAGAAGCCCACAUCACCAUCUCUUCAGAAAAAAAGGACUUAAGCCAAAUUGGUGUUGGUACUAGUAAAUGGAUUGACAAGGUAUAUUAUAUAAAUUUAAGAAAAGGAAGAUGAAACAGAAGAUCACAUUUGUUUUAAGAGAUUUAAGAAAUGCGAGGCAACUGUAUAAAGAAGGUUAACAUAUGGAAAAUAUUAUUUUUCUACGAUUUUAACAAUUAUCCUCCCCAAAGUAAAGAGCAAUAGGAUUAAAGUCCAAAUAGAGAGGCCAUGUCCUCAAAUAUAUAGUUUACAUCAAGUACCAUGUCCUAAAUAUCAGUCUUCUCCCUGUGGUGAAGAAAGGAAUCCUCAUCCUGCCCCAGACCAUGGGUAAAGAAGCAGUCUUAAGUUGUCACAAAGUGUAUUUAUGCAAAAGUAGUCUUUUUCUCUUUCAGCCAAUACUAUCUCCCCUUGUUUCAAGGUACACACAAUUUGUGCUACUUUCUUAUUCAGAAUUUGAGAGGUGAAGUCAAAUAACCCCUGAUCAGGGGACUGUUUCAGAGCAUUAAGCCUUCUCUGGUCACUUGCCAGCCUUUGAUGCAACAAUUGCUCUCUCAGGAUUUGCACUUCCUAUUAACAGUUCUUAGCAGAAUUCUUUUCAUAUUCUUGCUUUUCCCCUCCCUGUUUUUUGAAAUGAACUUCUUUCCAAGCUUCCAACAAGGUAGCGAGAACAGAUCUCUACUAUUUUUAUCUGUGGAGAAUGAGGGGCUUUGCACAACUUCACAUUAUUGUAUUCUGAAAUAGCAUCAAAGGGAAUCUGAUUUUUAGAUGUAGAAGCUCUGCAGAGUUUACAAAAUGAGAAAUGUUAAUUAGCUUUUGUCCUGUUAGCCAUUGAUAUCAUAUUGUUACACCCCCACACACUUUUACAUCAAAAAUAAGGAAAGUGGUUGCCCAGCAGCUUCUCACUUUCCAUUCUCUUUCACACAUCCUAGCUGGUUGUACACUCAUUGUAAGUUUUAUCUGCCUCCUUCCUCUUGGGGGGUUAUUUCUGUCCUGGCUUCUUCCCGUACUUCAGUUUUACCUUGGAACAUGGCCAAAUGGGAAGUGAGAGAAAGCGCAGACAUCAGUCUCUAGACCUCAAGAAGAAUCUCAAACAGAUCCACCCUUUUCAUGCUGCUGUGCUCUGAUUGGUGGAUAUAAUCCUACAUCAGGGCUAUCAAACUCGCAGCCCACGGCCCAGAUGCAUCACGUGCUAGCCAUGCCUGGUUUAGCGAAGGGGAAAAAAGUCAUGAUACAUCAUGUGACGAUGUGAGUUUGACAUCCUUAUCCUACAUGAUGGGUGUAGUACUGAAGGGGGAGCAAAGUCAGGAGAGGAGAACCAAAAAUCUUGCCCAUAAUGAAUGGUGCAGUUUCAGAUCAGGACACUAUUUGGUAACAGUGGGAGAUUCAGUAGAAAGAUUGGCAAUACAACCAGCAUGUUUUAUGCCUAGAAGGAUGGUAUAAAUGCUUCUUUGAUGGAGGGGAUCUUCCCCGCCGCCUUGAAAGAGGCAGUGGUGAGACCCCUCCUCAAGAAGCCUUCCCUGGACCCAACUAUUUUGGGUAAUUACCGUCCAGUCUCCAACCUUCGCUUUAUUGCGAAGGUUGUAGAGAGUGUGGUGGCGUGGCAGUUUCCUCAGUACCUGGAGGAAGCUGUCUAUCUAGACCCGUUCCAGUCCGGCUUCCGGCCCGGGCACAGCACGGAGACAGC